GAAUCUUCUUACGCUCUUCAACAAACUCGAUGAAUGAAACGGACUAGACCUUUACCCGACUGUCAUCCUGAGUUAUCUGUCUUAGAAUGGCCUAGUUUUCGGGAGUAUCGUGUCGAGAACUGGCGACUUGCUCGGGAUGGAAGCGGGAAUAUUGUUCGUGGUGCGACAUCAUGGGGAUGGAUCGACCUUUGUCUACCUUUGGUCAUCUCAUUCAUAUGGCCAAGAUUUCGUGACAACACCGUGUCAUGUGCAUUCGCAGUCCUGGUAGUUGGGUUUUCCAUCUACUGCCGUUGUACGCAAGUUCUUCAUGAAUCUGUGCUAGUGUUUCCAGCCUACGGUAUACAGCUCGAGACGCAUCGGGGAUAUCCUCUGCUAAAGCCGCUCUUCGUGUCUAGGCGAUUUAUUCACGCAUCCCUUUUAGAAGACUUCAUCAUAAAUGAAGGUUUAAGAAGAUGGAACAUUCGCUAUUAUCUGGCUGCUGUGCGCGGAUCCAGCACGGACAAGAUUACUCUAGAUGUCGCAUUUGAGAAUAUUUUGCCAUACUUUCCUGUACUCCUUGAAGUAUACCAAGGAGUGCAAGAGCUCAUGUUC